UCUCAUUCAGUUCCUUUACAAACAAAAAUGGCGUCGCACGGAGAAGAUACGGUUGCUAGCAAAGCUGCUAUUUCAGAUGAGCAGGCAGAGAGAAAAACAGCGGCAGUGUCAUUUGGUUUCACUAAAACUGUUAAUAAAUUUAAACCAACUGCUAGAGUUGAAAAAGAUUUUUUGACCGGAAUUGACAGGAAUGAACUGCAGAGUUCAAAACCAACCGAGAAGCCCAAAGAGCUCAUCAUCCCCCUGAUCCAGAAGAACCGCUGGAGCCGAGCGGGGCAGCGCGGGGAAGGAAACGGGAAGCCGGAGGCAGCGGAGCGGGAUGGGGAUUCUGUGGAGUCUCAGGCUGUGAAAGAGCUGAUCGAAGAUUCACGAAGGCAGCUUGAACUGUGGGAGAAUGGGCCUCAGACAGAGGGGAGCCUCAACCUCUCCAUCCCGCUGCUAAUGCAAAACAAAGUGCCAGACGGCUUUGAGGAUGGAGACCUUGUCAAGGUGGACCUGCGGCCUGAAUCUUCGACGGAGGCAGACUAUGAGAGCGUUCCUGUUGAGGCUUAUGGACUCGCUAUGCUGAAAGGAAUGGGCUGGAAGAAAGGAGAGGGAAUCGGACGGACAUUUAAACAAGACGUGAAGCCAAUCGAACACCAGCUCCGUCCUAAAGGCCUGGGCCUCGGCGCCGAUCGAUCGGCCAUAAAGGAUCUGGAGCCCAGCAAGCGCCAGCGUCCGCCGAAGCCGGGCGAGGAGCAAACCAAGCAGGAGGAGCUGGCGAUGGUCCCUGGAGGCUGCGUUCUGGUGGGAUCCGGGGCCCACAAGGACCUUUACGGCAAAAUUGAAGGCGUAGACGCAGACAACGCUCGAGUCGUGGUAAAGCUCGCCAUCGGCGGAAAGACGGUGACGCUCAGCCAGUACGGAGUUAAACUGGUCGGGACGAAAGAAUACGAGAAAAACAGCAAAGACCUCAGCCGGCUCAGUAAGGCCCACAAAGACAAGGAGAAGGAGAAAGAGAAGGAGAAGGAGCGACAGAGACUUGAGGAGAAAGAAAAGAGCAGCAGUAGUGACAAAGUCAAACACAAGUCAUCUGAAAGGGAGGAAGGGAAAGACGAGAGGAAGAGGAAACACAGAGAAUCAAGUCAAGACAGAGAUAAGCCACCAGUGAAAGAAGCGCGGCAGGCUUCAGCUCCUCCCUCCUGGCUCCAGAGGGACCUGAAAGUCCGCUUCAUAGACAAGGCGUUUAAAGGCGGCCGGUACUACAACUCAAAGAUGCGAGUGGAGGAUGUCCUGACGCCGUUUACCUGCGUGUGUCGAACUGAAGAGGGAAGACUGCUAGACGAUGUGAAGCAGAACAUGCUGGAAACCAUCGUCCCAAAAGGAGAGUACGACGCUGUGAUGGUGGUUCUGGGCGAGCACAGAGGACAGGUCGGCCGUAUUCUUCAGCGGGAUAAGAACAAAUGCAGAGCGAUGGUGCAGCUCGACAGAUACGAGGAGAAAUUAUUCACUCUGGAUUAUGACUCCAUUUGUCACUAUGUGGGAGCCACAGACGACUGAUCUCAGGCUUCCUGUAAUGUUCAGAUGUAACCUUUAAAUCAUGUAAUGUUUUUUAAUAAAAAUAUAUUUAAAAAAUUCA